CCACUGAAAUUCGCAGUAUUUAAUGGUAUCUUCUGCGUCGUUCCGUUACUCCUUAUCCUCUUUCUGCUCCUGAGUUUCUAAAAGUGGGUUGUUUCUGGUGGACGCCAUGAUAAAGUCAGCCAUGCUUCGAUCUUUGUCUUCUCCCCUGCUUCUUGAUCCGAAGUUAUCGCCAUCUUCUUCUUCUGCAAGAUUUGCUUCCUCCACUAUCUCUUGUUCGUCCGGGAGCCAGGCCUAUAUCCCCAAGCUAGAACCUUUUAGCCGAUCCAAGUUUGAAAGGGCCGUCAAGGAGCCUCCGUUGAUUCAAAAAUCUGAAAUAGAGCUCGCAGAUUAUUGUUCGACGCUUGAAGGUGAUGAAUCCUAUGGUUGCUGGCAGGCUUACUUUGAGCUGAAGGAUCUUGAAAAAGAGGUCCCAAAAGCAGACAUAGAGAGGUUGAUUCUUCAGACAGGUGGCGUGAAGUCCUUAAUAGGAUGCGUACAUGGCAUUGCAAAAAUGCACAAGCUGAAGAAGAAUGGCAUGUCUGUGCCGAAACUGGUGGCCUCGGAAGAGAGGCAAAGGCACUGUCCCGUACCAGAUGGGCUGCCAAAAUCUGAUGAGGAAAUGAUGGAAGAGGAAGAAGGUAGAAUGCCUGAUUCUCCGUUCACAAGACUUCUCAGAAGCAAGGGCAGGUUCCCUGCUUGGUAUUCCCAAGCCCCAGAUCACCAAACAGAUUGAUGAUUCACUGAUUAAUUAUUAUAUCUCCUUAAAUGGAAAUGAGAGUGAGAUUUGAUCUGAACAUGUGCUUAUUGGAUUGCUAAUGACUGUUAAGUAUUAUAGUGGAUGUAGAAUUGUACAUUGUGUUUACAGACGAGGGAGUUUUGAUCUGGUUGGGUAGUUGGGCAUGUUAUGUAUGAUAAGUAAAUUUCAUUGGUUAUAUUUGGAAUUGUAGCCCCAGUUCUAAUAUGAUGAACUGUGUUAUCUUUUUUAUCCUUA